CCAAAAACAAAACAAUAAUAGUAUGAGAAUUGAGGAGACCCUUCUCUCAUCAGCUUGAGAGAAAAAGAGAACAACACAGAAGAAAAUAUACAUUUUUUAGAAACAGAGAGAGGGGUUGGAGAUCUUGUCAGAUCGGGACCAGAAACUCGUCAUGGGGAGGGAAGUUACUGGUGUAAAGGUGGAGAAGGUGGAGAAGGUGGAGAAGGUGGAGAAGAAGAUUAAUGGUGUUGUAGUGUCUGCAAAUGGUUUUUCUCAUGGUAAAGUUCAUGUUGCUCCCAAAAUUUCAGAGGAAAGCAUUGAAUCAAAGGACUACAAGGUGAAGGACCGUAUCAAAGAAAACAAAGUUGUUGGGGAAUCUGUUGAGAAUCAAGAUGUGCUAGCUGUUAAGAGCACAAAUCUUGAUGAUGACUUGACUGAAGGCAAAAAUGAGAAGCUCGGAACCCAGAAGUCGAGUGACAAUAAAAAUUCAGGCUCACCUGCUUUAAAAUCCGUCGCUUUGGGAAAUGGGCAUUCAAAUAAGGCUGUUGGGGCUGAAACUGCCACUUCUGAAAAUUCCAGCAAUACAGAGUCUGCCGAUGCUACUAAGAGUUCACAGUCUCCUACAGCUACUAAGAGUUCUCUGUCUCCUACAGCUACUAAGAGUCCACAGUCUCCUAAUGCAGAGUCUCCUAAGAGUUCACAGCCAACUUCACCUCAGUCAUCAUCACGAAAAGGCUCGCAACCUGAUAAUAAGAAGCAUGCUGAUGAAGAAGAUAAUUUGUCUGUUACUUCCUCAACUGCUGCAUCUGUGAGAACUCCUAAAUUCAAGGUUACGGUUGGACAAGCUCCCUCGUUUAGAUGCUAUGAACGAGCAGAGAAAAGGAAGGAGUUCUACUCGAAGUUAGAGGAAAAGCACCAAGCUCUGGAGUCAGAGAGAAGCCAGUGGGAAGCCAGGGCCAAGGAAGAGCAAGAAGCAGCCAUCAAGGCGCUGAGGAAGAGCAUGGUGUUCAAAGCAAAUCCAGUACCUAAUUUCUAUUAUCAGGCGCCUCCUCCUAAGACUGAACCCAAGAAGCUUCCACUUACUCGGCCCAAAUCACCAAAACUAAACAGUCUAAGCCGGAGAAAGAGCUGUGGUGAUGCACUCAGCUCGUCUGUGGAGGAAAAAAGAAGAGUUUGUUCUCGGGAACAACGUCACAGCCUCGGUAGUCAGAAAGAAGAAAGCACUGCACCCACUAUGAACAAUAAGGCUCAGUCUGGUAGACGAAACAGCAUGGGCAGUUCCAAGGCCAAAGACCAAUUGAAACAGGAAAAGGAACCAACGGAAACAUCUCCUAAGAUCACUGAUGGACUUGAAAGCUUUUUCUAACUAAAAGUGGGAAAAAGGAUCUUUGAAUUUGGCGUUUAACAUUUGGAUGUACUCGAGAAAUAGCUUGUUUUUCUUUCCUCCACAAAUUGACUUGUUUACGUGGUUUGUGUUAUGGUGAAUUGUAUAUGUUUUGUAAGUUAAAAUCGGUACUGGUACAUAUCAUGUUUAUAUAAAAAAGAGUUUAUCCAUUCUAGUAUGGAUAAAAUUUGUUGUUUUACUCUCCUUGAAGAGUUUUUAAUUAUUUAUUUUGCUUGUCC